AUGUCAAGCCCUGAAGCAUCGGAAGAGACGAUACAGGCCUACAUAAGAUCGCUCGAGAGGGUGGCUGGCAGCAGCGCAGCACCUUCGUGUUUUGCCACUUUCAAGGCCAAGCCCGACAUGGCGCCGACGCCGCCACCAGCUGCCACUCGUCGUCCUCGUGCCUAUAGGGGUGGUCGGUGGACUCCUCGGGCCAUCACAUCUCAGGAUCCUCCUGAGCCCACUGGUGUGGACCAAAACCGCGGUCGCGGUGGGCAGGACAGGGAGCAGCCACAUCGAGCCGAGGUGGCUGUGGUGUUCCACCGGAGUGAAGAUCACGCCGAGUACAGAGUGCCUCAUAUCGACACCCAGUUUCCAUCUGGUGCCAUUAAGAGGGAGCAAGCCGAUAGUGAGGACGAUCAAAUGGAGGAGGACGAGGAGGAUGGAGAGGAGGAGGAGGAUGGAGACUUUCCCGAUGCGGUCAAGAGUGAGGCCCCGACUCCGCAGCCAGUCUCGCCGUACCAUCCAUCCAAUGAGUCUGACGGUGAAGCAUCUUCGCUGCCCAAGACCGAUCCAUCCUUGAGCGUCUUUGCAGAGACUUUGUCAGAGGAGGAUGAGAUGAGAUCAUACGACCAAGGCAUGACUCACUUCUGGACAAUCUAUGCCGCCCUCAAGGAGAAUAUUGACGAGACCAAGACGAAAUUCGUAAAGAUGGUCGUCGAUACAGCCGAGGAGGGAAUGGAUACAGAUGGUCUCGCUGAUCAGACUCUGUACGUACGCAGGUCGAAUAUCAGGAAGGCGGCGAGGCAGCACAUCACGCGGAUACUGGAACACUCUGGCAAGGGCCAUCUGGAAGGCGAAAACAAGAGUCCCUGGAGGCCCAGGAUUCGGAUCGAUGACACCAGACGUUGGAUCGAGUCCAGUAUUCUGGGAAAUCACACAGCAUGCCUCGAACGCUAUGAACAGCUCAAGGCUGUCUUCGGCCAGGUCGAGGCGGUCGAUGAGCUCAUCAAGGAAGCAUGGGCAGAGGUGGAGAGCGAGGCGAGUCUAGCUCGCAAUGGGUCAGACAAGGUCAAGAUCGCAACUUUCAGAGGGAGACAUCGAACGUUCAGAUUGGCUGCCUUUCAGCAUCUAUCACACACGCUCGGCAGCAUCGACGACGGGCAAGGAGAGAGUAUCAGCAACGCCACAGGGGCGGACGGAGCUCAGCGACAAACCCGACGAAAAAUGAACCCUCACAGGACGCAACAGAAUGGUAAACGCUGGCAGACCAUGUGGCAGGCGUCCCGAGCGCCCGACGUGACGGAGGAGAGGGUGCGAUGGGAGAUUGACUGCAUCGAGCAGCUCUCCGAGGUGCUCACAGCGAAAGUUGCCCCACAACUGAGUACUCGCAGCAAUUGGAGGGAUCGCAUUCGAGGACAGCUCAAACUCAUGAAGGAUGGGAAGCCCGACAUGACUGUGGCUGAGGCAGUCAGCGACCUGAGCUCAGUGGGACCACGCUUCUCCAAACCUCGAAAGAGGUAG